GUAAUAUUAAUUAUUACAGCAUGCAUUCUUAAAUGGAUACGUGCCUGCAUGUACAUAUACUAGAAAGUAUUUGAAGGAAAAUUAACGAAUAUAUACACGUAUAUUGUGUGAACGAGGUAUAAGCUAUCAGAAAAUACAAAUUUUAUUAUUGAGGAAAAAAAAAGAAAAAAGGAAAAAAAAAGAAAAAAAAACCAAUUUUUGGAAAAUAUAUAAUGUAACAAAAAAUAUAGUCUAAGAGAAAUGAUAAAUAUGCAGUAACAAGUAUUCCACUGACCUAUUACUAAGAACUUGUAAAAGUGAAGAAUUAAAGCAAGCUAACUCUUACUCUCUAUGCUCUGUAUGGUCAAGACCCAUCCGAUGUCCCAUCAAUAUGUGUUCUUCAAGAUCACUUUUAGCUUUCUAUCAAGGAGGGACAUCUUUCAAGAGGUAUAAAACAGUAAGCAGCAGAUUUGUACAUCAGUGUGUGCAGUUCCUUCUUAGUUAGUAAAGAACUACACUUAUAAAGUUUUUCUUUCAUAAUUAAAUUCUUAUCAAGAUGGCAAGAACAAAAUUUUAUAGAAUAUUUACGUGUUCCAUCCUUAUGGUUCAUACAGCAGCAUCCACUGGCAAUUACUAUUUUAAACCGGAUGACAGAUUUGAACCCAACAAACAUAUUUUCAAUGGAAGAUAUAUACCUGGAGAUAAUAUAAAUCAAAAAAAUAUUAAUAAUUAUGAUACAGAAAAUCAAGAAAGGGAUUAUGCAUUUAAUGGCAGAAUAAAUAAAGCAAAUCUUGAAGUCAGUAAUUUACCUUUACUUGCUCAUUCGAAUGAUAAUAGAUUGUCAGGACAUAUGGACACAAGUUAUGAAAAUCAUAAUAAUAAUUUAAAUUUUAUAAAAGAGGAUUUGCCUUAUCAUUUUCAAAAAUACUCUACUAAUAGUAGCAAUAAAGAGUUUGAUUUUGGAAAAUAUAGAAAUCCCGAUUCAUCUCAAUAUUCAAGUGAUUAUCAUCACAAAGGAUCUUCUUAUACUGAUUUCAUAUCUGGAAGCUAUUCUAAUGGAGUCCCGUCGUCAUUUGCUCCUAUAAGAUAUGAACAAGAUUCUGAUACGUCUAUGGCAGAUGAUACUUACAUCAAUAAUCAUCAACAAUUUUAUGGAAAGCAAAAAAGUAAUAUCUUUAAUACCAAAGGAAAAUAUAAUUAUGAAGAUGAUGCAUUAAAUAUAUUUUCACCUGACAUAUUUUAUAUGCAAGAAGAUCAUAAGACCAAAGAUCAAAUUCAAGGUUUAAAUCAAAAUCAAAGUCCAUCUUUAGGUGACUUAUCAAGCUCUGUAUCAAAUAAUUAUAAUUCUAACAUACAUGGUAAAAACAUUAAUUUUCAUAAGUUGGAAAGACCAAUUAAUUAUAGAAGAAUCAAAUAUCCUUCUGGAGUAUCUACUUAUCCUUCCAAAAGUAAUUCAAAUUAUGUAAUAAAGGGACAUAAAAAUAAUUAUUUUCCUAAUAGUUAUGCAAAAGAUAAUGGGAAAGCAAUAAUAAUUAAAAUUGGUGGCUCCAGUCUUUAUCCUAGAUAUGUUUAUUCUACAAGAUUUUAUCCUAAUACUAAAGGUGAUGUAAAUAGAGGUUAUAAAAAGAAACGUAAUAAUUUUUUAAAUAGGCCACGUAAUAACCCAGUACCUGUUCAUUCGCCAAAUUUCAGUUAUAAUAAUGAUAACAUUAACAAUAAUUAUGAUGAUUCUGAAUCUUCUGAACUAUAUAAUAGAAAUACCGAAUAUACAGAUAAUGUAAGUACAAAUGCGUUUACUACAUAAAUCUACGUACUCUUAAUCGAAAAAUUGUUA